GGGUUGUUGACCUGUCAGCAUUGUAGUACAAGCUGUCACUGCUGAUAAUCUGCCUUUCCUUCUGGUAGUUGAACUUUUCAGUCAGCAACACAGCGAGCUCCGGGAGGGGGUCGGACUCACAGGGUUGUUCGCAAUUACCGUUGUUUGCUAGUGUCAGCUAACCAGCGAGCUAACUGCUAAAGUUAGCCAUACAGCUUUACAGCUAGCUUGUUAGCUAGAAUUAGACGGUAGCUAGCAGCGUUAGCUAGCUAUCUAGUCUGCUGGCGUUACGAGGCUAGGAAGCCACUCACUGCUGCAAAGCAGCAUUCCGGACAAAAGAAUAAACCAUGGAGGCCCAGAGCUCCAGCGGGCUGCUGAUGUCCAGAAAGAGGAGAAGAGAGGGCUCCAAUCGGGAGACCGAGGAGGGAGAGAAGCUUGGGAAAAUCCCCAGAUGUACUGUGGGAUUGAAGCACCCGGCACCUUUUGCAGAUGAGCUGGUGCCAGCUGAUGAUAAACCCUAUGUAAGAGUCAGCAUGGAGGAGGCUAAGAGGGGAACACAUCCUAACAGACCGGUGCGGGUGUAUGCAGAUGGCAUUUUUGACGUUUUCCACUCAGGUCACGCCAGGGCACUCAUGCAGGCUAAAUGCCUCUUCCCAAAUACACACCUCAUCGUAGGAGUGUGCAGUGAUGACUUGACCCACAAAUACAAGGGCUUCACGGUGAUGAAUGAGGACGAGCGAUACGAUGCCAUCAGUCACUGUCGCUACGUGGACGAAGUGGUGCGAAACGCUCCCUGGACGCUAUCACCCGAGUUCCUCACAAAGCAUCGCAUUGACUUUGUGGCCCACGACGACAUCCCAUACUCCUCAGCGGGCAGUGAUGACGUGUACAAGCACAUCAAGGAAGCUGGUAUGUUCGCUCCCACCCAGCGGACCGAGGGCAUCUCCACCUCUGACAUCAUCACACGCAUAGUCCGUGACUACGACGUGUACGUCAGACGCAACCUGCAGAGAGGAUACACAGCCAAGGAACUCAACGUCAGCUUCAUCAAUGAGAAGAAGUACCACCUGCAGGAGCGCGUGGACAAGGUGAAGAGAAAGGUACGGGACGUGGAGGAGAAGAGCAAAGAGUUCGUCCAGAAGGUGGAGGAGAAGAGCAUCGACCUGAUCCAGAAAUGGGAGGAGAAGUCCAGGGAGUUCAUUGGCAACUUCCUGCAGAUGUUCGGCCCUGAGGGCGCUCUGAAGCACAUGCUGAAGGAAGGGAGGGGCCGCAUGCUGCAGGCCAUCAGCCCAAGGCAGAGCCCCAACAGCAGCCCCACCCGCGAGGAGCGCUCCCCCUCACCCACCUUCCGUCUCCCCUUCUUCACCAAGACCUCCCCGCCUCCGUCACCGCCGCCCCACCCCAGCGGAGCCCGCGGAUACCUCAUCAGCGAGGACGACGACGAGGACGACGAGGACGAAAGCUAGAGUCCGUUAGAAUCGGUCGGCGGGCCGCAGUCAGCGCUACCAGUUAGCUCAGCUGUCGAGUAACGUGGUUUUCAUCCAGCUCCUGCUUCCACUUUUUGUUGUUGUUUACGAUCUUACUUUUUUUUUCUUCUUUUCAGCCCUUGAGAGUCCUGUAAACAGCCGGUUUCUUCACAGCUCUGGUUUUUAGGAAAUGUUUAUCCUCUUUGUUUGACUUUGGUCAGUAAAAGUCACCACUAGUCUCAUUUAUCUGUCACUUUUGAUGUUGAGUUUAUUAGUCACUCACUGUCGCUUGGGAAUAUUUUUUCCAUCUGUGACGUUAUUCUUAAGUUUAGCGUUGUAGUGAGGUCGGGAUUUGUUGUUUCUGUCAUGGCUUUAGCGGGAGGGCUCGCAGCUUUUUGGGCCCUUGCUGGAACAGCACAUCUAGUCUGGUGUGGGAGAGGUGAGCUGAGACCUCAUGGAGACACUGUUGAGUGUCUCCAGGGACGGUUUUUCUUUUUUAGAGCAGGUCAGAGAACUGGACAUUUAAAUGAUCUGCUCAUGCGGGGCAGUUCAUAUUUUGCGCAUACUAACAAAAAACAACCUGACUUUUUAAAUAACAGGGAAACUCCAGAUCACGUCAAAUGAGACAUCAAAGACAAAAAAAGCUGAAACCUGUGUCGAAUGUGACAUAUGUCAACUAAACAGCAGCUCCUCCCCCCCGAGUUUGUCUGCCUGAUUUGGGGCUAUGCGUGUCUGUGCAUGUGAUGUUUGUGCUUCUUUUAGCAGUCUGUUGACAGAUCUGGGUUCAGCUCUGACUGUAGUAAUACAUUUACUUUUUAAAAUGUUUUUGUCUGAUGAUGAGAAUCAGUCUUUGGAAGACUACUAUCAAACUGGACACCAUGUUUUGUGGCGUCAAAAGAAAGUCUUGCAAGGAUGACCCGUGUUGAUGUAGAAAUACUUAUUUUUGUAGAUUUUAUCUCUUUCUUUGUGUACAGGUUAUGAUCUUAUUCAGUUUAGAAGUGCUUUGACAGUUUGAGCGGUGGAUCAACAUGAGCAAGACUCAAGAGUUUUUCUUCUUCAUUUGUAAUUCAGAUCCUGCAUCUCCUGGGCCUGUAGGGAAGUCAUCGGUUUUCAUCUGAUACAUGUAAUGACAAUAGAAAGAAUUUAGUUUCCGUAUUUCUAAGAAGACCUGAGCACUGUCUAAAUGCCCUACUUAUCAUAAGAAAUUAUAUUUUUUGGUUAGUUGGAGUCAUAAGCACACUUUAAUGAAUAAGGCCUCCUCAUUACCAGCACACAGACAUGGUAAAAUAUAUUAGGCUAUCCCGAACAUUUAGGUUUAGGCUUUGUUUUCCACAUCUUGCACCAAUCUGCAGGACUUCCGCUUAAGGAAACUUAGUGUGUUCACACAUCCUGCAUCAGUUAAAGAUGUGUUUUAGCAGACUGGACUGCACUGUGUCACGUAGUGGUGUGAGGGCUUCUGAUUUAUGUAACAAUGAAACUCCAGAUCAACAUUUAUGUAGCUACCUCCUUCCCUCAACUGAUUGUUUCCUGAGAUGAGCACAAAAUAUGAGCAUUAUUAUUUCCUUUCUGAACAGUCAUUGUUGCAACACUGAAGCGAUGUAACUGCGUCAAAUAUUAGAGAUUUUCCGGCCUCUGUGUGUGUCAUGCAUCUCCAGUGAGUAAAGCAUGUGUUUUGUCUCCUAUAUAACUGAAAAAUGAAACAUCACAGGUGAUCUGUAGAUGUAAUGCAAUACUGUUGAUGACUAAUAGAAAUGUUGACAGAUGUCAGAUUGAUCUGUUCUAGGUUUGGUUUCCCAAAAAGUACUCGUGGUUUUUUGCUACAGCAGCAAAGACUGCAUCCAUGCUUGUAGGCACAAAUCAGAUUAAAAAAAAAAAAAAAAAUCUUUAGUAUUUUUAAAGUGCAAAAUCAGUUUAAUUUGCUGAGCAAAUCCAGCUGUGAUUUUGAUGCUAAGCUACUUUUGGGAACCCUCGCCACGAUUCUUGUGGAAUCUGUUUCUUUUAAAUUGGUGAGAACUUCUCAGUCAGAUCACGUCCACAGGUUCAAGGUGGCAAAGACUCGAGUGGCAACCCGACAACAGCCACUAGCUGCAAAUGUUAACAGCGUUUUAAUCGUGUGUUAUUUUACUGUUUGGCAUUCUUUGUGUUCAUUGUCCUAGAUGCAGAGGAAGGGCAAGACGAGAGAAAUGUAUUAAACAUGUUGGCCAAAGCA